UUGAAAGUCAAAUAAAUCCUGGCUAUAUGUAAUAGUACACUUACUUAUGCUAUCGAAACAGGCUUUAAUAUAAUAUGUUUAAUGACCUAGCUGGUUGUAUUACAGGCUUCUACAGGAUCGCUAAUGAGCUAGCGGGUUAGCAUAGCCCUUAAAGUACCGCUUGUUGUUGCUUAGCGACCUGUAUCCUGCGUUAGCAAAGAGCCACCUAGCAUCCCGAGUACUGUUUGUUUGUAACUUUAGCUUUGCCACUCGUUAGGAAGUUAAACUGAGGACCAACGUGUGUAAAUAAAUGGACUGAACAGCGGCGUUAACAUAAGUUAUCCAUAUGCAACGUAACACUAACUGGUUAUAUGUUAUGUUAUGUUAAUGUUGUUAAGUUUGGAUGAUGCUAACUACUCGGAGCAAACAGCAACUGACGUUAACGUGUCUUUCAUCAACCAACGAUAACACCUCUGAAGCUGAGCAACUGAAAUAAUCAAGACUCGGGUUACACUCCUCCAUCAGAUGGCGUUUUGCUUGGCUGAGCUGCACUUGUGGUCCACCAAGAGCUCACUCCAAGUCAAAGAUACAGAUAUUGGCACCUAUCAGUACUACGAUAAAGGAGAGCCAGCCAAUCCUCUGGAGCAUCACUACUACAAUGAGAAACUCCAUUUCUCUGAAGCUCGAGGCUAUUCGUGGAACCCCAGGAACCGCCGACCAGAGAAGCUACGUGAUUCGCUGAAGGAGUUGGAGGAACUGUUGCAGACCAACACCUGUGUUCACACCAGAUGGAGGAACAAGCAUUGCUGCCAGGUUUUGCUAAGCAGUGGAGUACUGGUGACCCUGACCCUAAAUGGACCUCAGCUAGAACAAGUGUAUGUAGACCGUACAUUAGUGGGCCGACUUCCAGCCAACACGGUGGCUGAUGCGGUGCUGAGCGACAGGCUGAUUCUGCUGUCCUUCCUGGAGCAGAGCCAAGUGGCUGCAGUCUACCUCAACCACAAGAACCAGGACUCCCCAGAGACUGGCAGGCGAACAGACAAACUCUCCCCCUCUGAAAUCAAGGUGGUGUGUGUGGAGGUGAGUGGGCAGGGACGUAGGCUCCGCAGGCGUGUGGCUCUCAACCGUCUCCAGGAUGUGGCGCUCUGCUGGUGGGACUUGGACGAGCCCGGUGAGGAGCUGUGGCCCUGGACUCCCGCAAACACGCACAGGAACAACCUGAUCCUUCUCAGCUGCUCACCUGCUGAAGGCCUCAAGGUCCUUGGCUCCCUCCGGACAGAAGGGAAUCCUCUGGACUGCCGCUUCAGCCUGCUGCAGCCCUACCAGCUGCUAACAGUCGAGCUACCUGCAGGGCCCCCAGGAUUCAGAGAGGGCUCCUGGGCCGACACCUGUGUCUACGAAUGUGCAAGAGGGCACCUGCACCGCCUGUCUGUCACCCGCAUCCCGCUUACAUCCCAUGCUGUCUCCUGCUCACGUCACCCCUCUGAGAGCGCACUUCUCCUGGGCUUAAGCGACUCCUCCUUGGUCCUGUAUGACCAGCGACGGGGGGUCUCUCUCCUGGCCUCCUGCCCCGUACCACCCACUUUCCUCACCUGGCACCCUGCUGGAGCUGUGGUCGUGGUAGGGGGAGAGCAGGGGGAGCUGAUGUGCUUUGAUAUGGGAUUGGCACCUGUAAGCAUGGCACUGGUAGCAGAGGAGGUGGCUCCAGCUGCCACGCUAAGACUAGCUGAACACCUGCGCUGCUGUGGAGGACUGGAGGGACUGCAGUGGACGACAGGCUUGGAGGGAGAUGUACUGAUGUUGGCCUUUCAUGGGGGACCACUAGGAGCCUUGAGAUUCAGACUAGGAGCGCUGACUGGAGGCCAGAUGGGUCCUGGGGAGCUGCUGCAGCAGCGGCUGCGUUGUGGCCAGGUCAGAGAGGCUCUGGGCAUCCUGGAGGCCAUGGACUGGAGCAUCAUGGGAGACGAGUGCCACCGAGGCCUGAGCUCAGUCACCAACCACCUGCUGAGGCUGGAGCUGAACGCAGAGAGAGAGGCCCAACUAGAAGCCACUCUGGGCGUGUUUUAUGCUCCACCUGCUCCUCUCUCGGAUGUCGUGAUACUAGAGUACAGGCGGCCGAUCAGCAAGUGUGCCCGCCGCUUUUUUCACCACCUUCUCAGACACCAGCGCUUUGAGAAGGCCUUCCUCCUCGCCGUGGAUUUAGAAGCCAGAGAUUUAUUCAUGGACCUCCAUUAUGUUGCCAGCGAUAAAGGCGAGCUGGUGCUAGCGGAUGUGGCCAAGAGGAAAGCUAAUGAAAUCGAGGCCCAGACCGUCACAAGCAACGAAGAUCCUCUGAGGAGCAGAGAUGUGGCGUGUGCUUCCAGCCUCGGGGACAGACGGCCCGACGCGAACCAGAGUGCAACAGCACCUUCGUGCACAGACGCAACACAGGCUGAUGGAAGAGCCAAUCAGAGGAGACCACCAGCAGAGAGCCUACGUGUGACCGUGAGCCCAGAUGUGUUCAGGAUACUGAGACAAACAGAAAGCAGUGACGGCAACAGAGACAGCAGGAAUGACGACGAAGACGUCGGGAUGCUUCAUGUGGUCCAUUUAGGAAUGGUUUGA